AUGAUUAUCUCGUCGGCUACGGACGAUGUAGUAGAAGCUCGAGAAAUUUGCAAGGAGUGUUCUAUUACCUUCAAUGGUCGUAGGUUCGUGAUUGAUCUCAUUUGUCUACCUCUUAAGAAGAUCGAUGUAGUACUUGGUAUGGACUGGUUGUCAGCUAACUCGGUUUACAUCGGUUGUAAAGAGAAGGCUAUCUUCAUUCCUGCUGAGGAGACUACACCAACCGAUGCCAUUGAACAUCUUCUUGAAGGUACAAUUAACAUGAUCAAUUACCUUUUUGCUCAAGAGAAGUCUUUCCUUUUGGUUCUUACGUCGGACUCCAAGGACAAGAAGAGUGUAUUGGAGAUUCCGGUUGUGUGUGAAUUUUCCGAUAUUCGGGUUAAGAGUUCGGAUGUAUCUAAGACCGCUUUUAGGACGAGAUACGGUCAUUAUGAGUUCUUGGUUAUGCCAUUCGGGGUAACCAAUGCUCCUGCUGUCUUUAUGGAUUACAUGAACCGGGUGUUUCAACCAUAUUUGGAUCAGUUCGUGGUAAUCUUUAUAGACGACAUAUUGAUAUACUCUCGGACUAUCGAAGAGCACAUGGAGCAUUUGAGGAUUGUGUUGUCGGUUCUCAGAGAAAAGCAGUUGUUUGCGAAGUUUAGUAAGUGUGAGUUAUGGAUGUCCGAAGUUAAGUUUCUUUGA